GCGAUAAUUAGCCGAAAAAAUGGUUCAUUCACACAGCCCACAAUCGAGCGCGUUCAACAGUAAGUUGAACCAGAAAAAGGCGAAACCACUGUCGUCGUUUCUCUCUUCAGCUAGAACUCCACUGCGCGACUUGCCCGCAAAUGUGGAGGACCCUAAUCGAAAGCCGAACAAUGAUGGGAAAGCUGCAGUAAAGGGAAACGAUUCUCUUAAGAAACCUUUGCGAGUGUUAGAUAAUAUUCAACCGAAGAAGGUAGAACCGAAACGUUCGCAAAAUGUUACAUCGGGUGCUGUCGGUCACCGUACGGAUCGACAGAGGACGGCAGCUCGUUCGAAGCCAUCGGAUCACCGUCCGUUCAAGGUGUACGAUGAUGCGAGCGAAGAACAGGUUGCUUCGAUGCGCACGCGUAGAAGUUCUGCGCGGGAUGAAGCAAUCGGUAAAUUACCAGGGUUCGAGGAUCUGACGGAGUACUUUCCGGAUCGAGUCCAGGAGAUACAGCAUUUCUACCGUCAGAAGGAACAUCGGCGUCUAAAGGCGAUCGAAUCAAUGAUGUUACAAAACACAAGACAAACAAAGCACGAGGCUGGCAGUGCAGUACCAUCGACAGAUUUACGCAGGGAACCAACUGAACGGAAUGGUUUCGGUGGACUGCCGGUUGAUAAGCACCUCGGCUGCAGCUCUGAGAACAAGUAUGGGGCGAUUGGACAGACGAAAAAUGGAUAUGCUCCCGGUGUUUGCGCUCGUCAGCGUGGUCCAAAGCAGGCAGUCAUACAACAGCGCAUCAGCUACGAGACCGAGGAGCUGUUGCGUAUGAACUUUCUCGUUUGUGGAAACUUGUGUCAUUCGAAAACGCAGACUAGAAACAAGAAGGGCGUUAGAUCGAAUGUCGCCCAUGGCACUGCCAUCCGAACAAGGCGUUAGGAUGAGGAGCUAGUGAAGAGAGG